AUGACUAAGAAGCGGCUCGCCGUGCCUGACAGUAUAUUCUGCAGCGCAAGCUCGGAAGACUGCAAUACUCGAAGGACCCCGAAGAAGAAGAAGCGAAAACGUGCAGCAACAGGGGAAUCAAAAAAGAGGAGCAGUAGUCGGGAGAGCUCCGAUGAAGAGCUUGUGGAGAGAAGGCUACUUAGAAAGGAGCAACAACUGAAUUCUGAGCUUCGCAGAAAGGUCAGGAAGCUCCAAGAGAAACUAGAAGUGUUGGAGCAGCGAAAUGGGAAGCUGCAAGAUCUGCUGUGCAACAAACUUGAAACAUGGUUCAGCCAGCCAGCCCAUCGAAGGAGUGCAGCUGUAGAACCUUUUCUACAGGAAAAUGAAGGCACUAGCGGCAUUCAUGACGAGACUGAAAGUCACUGCCAAGAUGCCCAAUUGGCCCACGAGCGAUUGGCAGACCAGAGUGUACCACCAGGAGAGCCACAAGCAAACCUGCUUCCAAAGCCCCACGAGCCAGUGCAGAUACCGGUGCCAUUGCAGAUACCGGUGCCAGUGCAGAUACCGGUGCCAACGCAGAUACCGGUGCCACAACAGCCAUUGCCGCCACAACCAAACCUGCUUGCAAAGCCCCACGAGGCACUGCCAGUGCAGAUACCGGUGCCACAACAGCCAAUGCCGCCACAACCAAACUUGCUCCCACAGCAACCAGACAUGGUUUGUGAUGCUGUGCGCGCAGAAGACACCAACCAGGAUGCAGAUGCCAUGGCCACGCUACCUCCACUGUUGGCUCUGGUAAAUAGUGAGGUGCACCUUGGCAAAGGUGUCUUUGUCAAAGAAGAGCAAUGGUCAUGGCUGUUGUCGCGACCAAAAGACUCGUUGUUUUGCAAGGAAGCCACGAAGCUCCUGUGGGGUAUCCCUAACUUGAGGAAUAGGAGCCUCACAGGAGCACCCUGUCGGCGCUUCCUAAAGCAAGAAAACCUGGCGCCACCACGGAAAGCACUGACGCCUGAAAAGCUGCAGGCUGUUGCGAAUGGUUUUGCAGCCUACGUCAGCAAGAAGGCCUCCGAGACGCCAAAAGCAGACAGAUUAAGAAAGAUGAAUCGGUUUAUUGCAGAAAUGUUGAAUGAUCUGAAGAAAUAGUGUUAAGGGGGAAACAAU